GGCGCGGGGCCCGACGGCGCGCCCGAGGCCCGGACCAAGCCGACCGUCCGCGUCCGCCUGGAGGACCGCUUCAACAGCAUGCCAGCCGAGCCGCCUGCGCCUCGCGGUGCCGAGCCCGGCGAAUCGGGCGUGGCGCUCAACAAUUUGGUAACUCUUAUUCGGCAUCCAUCUGAAUUAAUGAAUGUUCCUCUUCACCAGCAACAAAACAAAUGUACGACCUUAGUGAAAAAUAAAACUGCUGCUGCCACUACUGCUUUGCAGUUCACCUACCCGCUGUUUACAAGUGCCUGCUCCACUGGUGGGAAUGCCAGCCUUGCACAGACACAGAGUUCUAGUAAUUCAUGUUCUAUACUGGAAGCUGCCAAGCACCAGGAUAUUGGAUUGCCUAGAGCAUUUUCUUUCUGUUACCAGCAAGAGAUUGAGUCCACCAAACAGACAGGUGGUAGUAGAAACAAAGCCUUGCCCGAGCAGGUUUGGAUUAAGGUGGGAGAAGAAGCGCUAUGUAAACAAGCAAUCAAUAAGAGGAAUCGGAGUAGAAUCCGCCAGUUGGACACAAGUGUGGAGCGAAGAGCCCUUGGAGAGAUUCAGAAUGUGGGUGACGGCUCUACAGCUUCACAGGGUACCUGGCAGUCUUCUGAGUCCUCACAGUCAAACCUGGGGGAGCAGACGCAAAGCGGACCCCAGGGAGGAAGGUCUCAGCGUCGGGAGAGGCAUAACCGAAUGGAAAGAGAUAGAAGGCGCAGAAUCCGCAUUUGCUGUGAUGAGCUGAAUCUUUUAGUUCCGUUCUGCAAUGCGGAGACAGAUAAAGCAACAACCCUUCAGUGGACCACAGCGUUCCUGAAGUACAUUCAGGAAAGACAUGGGGAUUCUCUUAAAAAGGAAUUUGAGAGCGUGUUUUGCGGUAAGACGGGCAGAAGGCUAAAGCUGACCAGACCCGAAUCCCUGGUGACCUGCCCUGCACAGGGCAGUCUGCAGAGCAGCCCCGCCAUGGAGAUCAAGUGACUGGACUGACCCAAGACCUGGGAGAGAACUGCCGUUCUUUCGGCAUCGUACACAUGCCUGCCAUCCCAGAGCUCAGCUCUGAGUCCUCGAGAGGGAUGUGGCUCCAGUUGGUGGGACUCAAGUAAGGACUUUGAGAGCACAUUUUGUGAAAGUAUUAUCUAAACAAAAUACCCACUAUGUCCGGAU